AUGUUUGAAAAGUCGCUAGGCACCUUGAUCAAGGGCCUCCGAUCGCAACGCGGCAAGGACGAGGCCAAGUAUGUCGCCGGCGUGCUGGACGAGAUCCGCACCGAAAUCAAAAGCGCCGAUAUGGAGGUGAAGGGCGAGGCUGUGCUCAAACUGGCGUACCUGCAAAUGCUUGGCUACCAAGUCAAGAGCGUCUCCUUCCAUAUCCUCGAAGCAAUGGCGUCGCAAAACUACCGCAUCAAGCAUAUAGGGUACCUUGCCGCCGCACUAUGCUUUGCCGAUGAUACAGAAGUGCUCAUUCUCGCGACGAAUUUGAUAAAAAAAGACUUGCAUUCUGCGGCGCCACUCGACGUGCUCGUCGCGCUCAACGGCUUGUCGCAUGUCAUCAACCAGGAACUUGCACAGCAUUUGGGCGACGAUAUUGCCAAGAUGCUCACGCACUCACGUCCGGCCGUGCGCAAACGCGCCGUACUUGUACUGUACUCUGCAAUCCUUCGCUACCCCGAGCUCCUGGACAGGACGUGGGAACGGCUGCGCGACCUACUUUGCGAUCCAGACCAGAGUGUAGUCACUGCCACGAUGAAUGCCGUGUGUGAGCUUGCGCGCCGAAAUCCUGCACCGUUUGUCGCACUCUCGCCCCAGCUGUUCGAUAUCCUGACGAACUCGUCGAACAAUUGGCUGCUUAUCAAGGUGAUCAAACUCUUUAGUGUGCUCGCGCCCGUCGAGCCGCGCCUGAUCCGCAAGCUGCAGCGCCCCCUCACAGACAUUAUCAGCACGACGCCUGCCAUGAGCUUGCUGUACGAGUGUAUUCACACCGCUAUUACUGCAAACAUGCUGGACGGCGAACAAGGCGAGCAGCUCGCACAGCGGUGCAUCGCCAACUUGGGCGAGUUCCUCGAAGACCGCGAUCAGAAUCUGCGGUACAUUGCUCUUCUUGCCCUCGCCAAGCUCGUUCCUUCGCAUCCCGACCUCGUCGCGGGCUACCAGGAUACGAUCCUCGCCUCGAUCCGACACCCCGACAUGACCAUUCGCCUCCGUGCACUCGACUUGGUGUGCCAACUCGUGCAUCGCGACUCGAUGCGGCACAUUGUGGAGGCGCUGCUUGAUGCAGUAGCGCAAGACGACGCUGCGAACGCACGCUCGGCAAGCACUGCGCUGCAGACCGUGUUUGGCACGCACGCCGCUGUAGACGCUAACCCCCAAGGUAUGCCGGCAUUGGACGCCGUCGCUGUCGCGAAAUUCCACGCGCAGGUCGCGGAAAAUGUGCUCGAGUUGGGCAGCGCACACGACUACGUCAAUGUGCCCGAUAUGUCGUGGUACUUUGACAUCUUGUUGCGUAUGCUGGACAUGGUCGAUGCAGUGCAUGCGGUGCGCGUCGCCGACCAGCUGAUCGAAGUCGUCGCACGCACGCCCAAGCUUCGGCCUGCUGCAUGUGCACACCUCGAGGAGGCACUCGGCGCGCAGCCGCACCACCAGUUGCUGCGCGCCGGUGCGUGGGUAUGCAGCGAGUACCCUUUGUACACAGAAAAGCCGCAGCAUCUCGCACAAAUCCUCGUCCAAGACGUGUGCGACUUGCCACUGAGCGUGAUGGACACAGCCAUCCAAGGCGCGAUGAAGCUAUUUGCGUACUGGACCGCGUCGCUUUCUGACGCGUGGGACGCAGAUGCGCUGGCACAGGUCCAUGAUGAGACUGCCUCGUUGAUUGCGCGCCUGCGUGCCUUGUCGCAGCACGCAAGUCCCCAGAUCGACCAGUGCGUACAAGAGUCGCUGCAACUGCUCCUCCUCCUCCAAACGGACCUAACGACGUACGAGAAACAGAUGCCGCGCCACAUGCUCACUCCCCCUCGCCGGAUCGCCGCGGGCGAAGAACAAGACGCGUGGGCCGAAGAGGCCGCAGCAAAGACGCCUGUAGAGAGUCCACGCGCUUUGCACCUCCUCCUUCCGCUUUACUUUACACGCGAGGACGAGCCACUGCAGGUAGUCCCCCUCGAGGCCGCGCUGGAUGUGCACGCAUGGGUCGUGCCGCAGUCAACAUGGGCCGCGGUGCUCGAUGUGGUCGAGCCGGCGCAGGCAAAGGCAAAGGCAAAGGCGCAGGCACAAAAAGAAGGCGCCUGCGCCACUGAUUCUAUAAACCUGGACGCUGUACAUGCACCCCAGCACUCUACAUACAGCCACGCCAGCACGCGCGACCGUGCUGCGGCGCACAGAGACGAUCCCUUCUACCUUGCAGCGAAGCCGAAAAAGAGCGGGCGGAAGAAGCAUGCCGCACAAAACACCGACGACCUCGACGAGAUUCCCAUUGUACAGCUGAGCAUGGCAGACUUUAUCCCAGCGACCCCCGCGUCAAGCUCGCCCGAUACCCAAGUUGCCAUCGCCGCCUCCCUUCAGCCUAAGGUAGUCACGCGAAAAAAACGACCAACACGUAGCGGUCCAUAG